AUGUCCACAAAAACUAAAACCCUCAAAGCAUCCUGCCACUGCCAAAACACCCAAUUCACAAUCACCGUGCCGACCACCGCCCUCCCCCUCAAUAUCCACCUCUGCCACUGUACAAUCUGCCGCUACGUCCACGGCGCUCCCUGCUGUUUCCACAGCCCGCUCCCGGACGGCGUGGACCUCGACUUCGUCGCCCCUUCCAGCAAAGAUAACCUCACCUCGUACACACAUCAGAGCUUCCAGUCCCGGAAAUGGUUCUGCAAGACGUGUGGCUGCCAUAUUGGGGAUAGUUCGUUGACGGGGGAGGUGUCGUGGACGAUUUCCACGGCGGUGUACGAUGCGAAUCGCGGGGACGAGGGCGUUUGGCGGUUCAAGAGCCAUAUGUGUCCGGCGUCUACGGGGGAUGGGGGUCUGUCUGCGGUUUUUGGGGAGAUUGAGGGGGUGAAGUUGGGGAUGUGGGAUGUGGACUUGGCCGAUGCUGCUUCGGAGCAAGGGAAUGCCGGUGCGGCGAUAACGACUGCGCCCGUUGCCGUUCCUGAAAAGAAAGAGUCGCGUGAUGACAAUGGUGAUGGCGAUGGCGAUGCUAACGCAGAGGACAAAUUACUUGCCCAGUGUCAUUGCGGUGGUGUAUCCUUUCACAUCUCCCGACCCCGGGAAUCCUUCAUCAAUAGCGACGCCGGUAAGACCUGGCUCUCGCCGAUUGAUAGAACCCGCUGGCUGGCCAGUCUUGACGUCUGCGACGACUGCCGUCUGGCCACGGGGACGAACGUGAUCGGCUGGAUAUUCGUUCCAAUCGACCACAUCUCGCCCGCCGUGCCUUUGGAUCUUCUCGUUGGAUCGUCUACGGCGUACCAAUCUACGGAGGACGUGGUCCGGACGUUCUGUGGGACAUGCGGGGCGACGGUGUUUUACUGGUGCAAGGAACGACCGGAGAUUGUGGACGUUGCGACGGGACUCUUGCGUGCGCCGGAGGGGGUGAUGGCGGAGAAUUGGGCGGUUUGGAGGGCUGGACGGUUGGCGUGGCCGGAGAAUGGGCUGAGGUAUCACGAGGGAUUUACGAGGGCGUUGAUGGAAGGGAUGAAGCAGUGGGGGAAAGAGAGAGGACAUGCGGAGGAGUUUGUAGUGCCAUAA